CCUGGUCACUGGUACCGUCGCCUUGGCCUUUUCUGCAGCCGGUGUGCUACUAUCAGGUUUUGUAAUAUCGCGCUAUAAGCCACGCGCACGUUAUAUGGCCGCUUGGAAUGUAAUCGUUGGAUUCCUGACCGUGGCUGGCAUCCUGGCUUAUGCUUUUAUCGGUUGUCCAGGCAAUGAGCAGUCGGUGAUUGUCAACAUACACGACAGCGCCCUCAAUAGCACUCCCACUUGUAAUUCGAAUUGUAACUGUGAUUAUGUGCGUUACUCACCGGUUUGCGGGGAAAACAAUAUGACUUAUAUAUCGCCUUGUCAUGCGGGCUGCAAGAAGCAAUAUAAAACUGCCAAUGGGCGAAAGAUUUACUAUGACUGUUCUUGUAUACCUAACAACAGCUUUAAUAAAAGUUCGAAACCAUUCUUUAAACGUCUCACUGUGAUGGAUCUGAAAUCAGAGAACUACGAUAAUGAUGACGGCAAUAUUACGACUACUAUAAGGCCAGAAUUGCCAAUCACAACGUUGGAUAAAGCAUUACCGACAUCACUUAGCACAGCUUAUACAGAUGCUCUUCUCGGUGGUCAGGCGAUAACCGGCGCAUGUCCUGUCAAUUGUUUUGCUCAAUUUGUCACAUUUCUCUCGGUGAUGUGUUGCCUCAAAUUUGUUGGCGCCACAGGACGUGCCUCAAAUUUUCUCGUGUCCGUACGUUGCGUGCCUGAGAAGGAUAAAACGGCAGCAAUGGGUUUCGGUAUGAUGAUGAUGUCCAUGCUAGCAUUUAUACCAAGUCCCAUAUUCUUCGGCUGGGUAUUAGACCGUAUUUGCCUUGUGUGGGGUAAAACGUGUACAAAUAAGGGCAAUUGUUGGCUUUAUGACCCAGAAUCACUGAGAUACACACUCAAUAUAACCGCUUCAGUAUUUGUUGCGAUAGGAGCCUUAUUCGAUUGGGGUGUCUGGUAUUAUGUGAAAGAUCUGAAAAUCUUCGAUGAGGAGGUGAAGGAGGUUGAAAUGAAAAUUGUACAGCAUGAAGAAGAAGUUAAUUCCAUUAAGGAUUUAGAAGCAUAAUUUUUAUAAAUCUUAAAUAUAUUCAGUCGCA